AGGAUCCCCCUCGCCGCUGUAUCUAUCCUCAAUGUUCUAGUAACAAAGAGAGAAUGUUGUUGAAAUGUAUUGCCUACUUGCAGUUCUCUGCAUGUGCAUCACUAGGCCUUUCACGGCUCGUAGGAAGAAAAGUAGUUCGUCUCAGGUAGACACGGGUGGCGCAGCGUCGGAGUCUGAUUCCUAAGGGGUUCAUAACAUGCAGUGCUGGCUUCACUUUUACAAAUCCCACAUUUUGCAUCGAUCUCCAUUCGUAUAAGAUACUUAUUCCGCAAGCCAAAGAAAGAGGUACGCGGCUUUGAAAUAGCAACAGCAUGUCAACCGCCAGCACGCGAUCGUCCCGAUUACCUUUGCUCGGUGUGGAGAUCAUGGCUGAUGUCGGCGCGGGCAAAAUCCAGCCGAAGUGGCUCGUGCUCGCCGGGAUGGGAUCGUUUUACGCAAUCCGAACAGCGGUCCUCUACUACUACAGGAAAAAGCAGAAGCGAGCAUUUGAGGACCUUCGAACGCAAUUCCUGAUCGAAAGAUUGUCGCGGCUACGACAAGUGAUUUCAAAACACGGCCUGCACGAAAAAUUCACGCGCGAGGAGGAAGCAAUCCUCAAAGCCCUGCAGGAGGAUAGCGCGAACGAUGCGACGAGUGCUAUUAUUGCGACAGGGGGUUCAUCUUCCGGACCUACGAGACAAAACUCCACUGCCAAGAAGGCAAAAAGCAAAAAGUCUUUCUGCAAGGAGAUUCGAACGCUCUUGCAGAAGAAGUCCGUAACGGUCGCGCAGAUCACGCGCGUUUUCCUGAAGGAACUAGUGAGGAAGUGCGGGCCGCCAGAUUUGAUGUUUUCGGAACAAACUACACCAGUUGUAACACGGGCCGACACUUUCCUGCAUUUGAAUCACUUCACCGAGCUGUGCGCGGAUGAGGCGCUGAAGAAUGCGAGGGCAUGGGAUCACGCGAUUCGAAAGACUCCGGAAAUUCUUAAUGACGUGAGUCGAUACCCGCUGCUCGGAGUGCCAAUAAGUGUGAAGGACCAGUUUCGCGUGUGCGGGUCCAUGUUUGAGCAGGGCUGCACCUUCGGCGGUUUGGGGCGGUUUUUGGUCCACGCAAGUAGCACAGCUACGUCCACCAGCGCAGGAGUACUUCCACCACGGUGGACGAGCUCCUCGAACACUGGCAAAUCUUCUCCUGGUGGUGGUGGAACAAGAGCGACGGGCUCCAGUUUUUCUCUUUUAUCCUCAUCACAGACGCUGCAGGAGGCUCCGUGCGUGAAGGUGCUGAAACAGGCUGGGGCGAUUGUGGUCGCUCGCGGAAAUGUGCCGCAGAUGAUGUUUUCGUUUGAGUCCAGCAACCCGAUUUUCGGCGAGUCGCACAACGCGAGCCAGCUCGGCCGGAGUUGCGGGGGCUCCUCCGCCGGGGACGCAGGAAUGAUUGCUGCCGGUGCGGUUUUCGGCACGAUUGGCACCGACGUCGCGGGCUCUCUGCGCGUACCCGCCGCCUUCUCGGGCAUUGUGGGGUUCAAACCGACGUCGCGGCGCCUGAACCUGUACCAAAGUUCUAACGCCCCGGGCAUGGGCCGGGAGUUCGGUGCGCCGUUGUUGGUGCCCGCGGUCUUUGGCCCAAUGGCCCGACGCGUGGCGGAUCUCGAGCUGUUCAUGCGAGCAUGGUAUUUUUGGAACACUGGAAUCAUGUGGCGUCUGCUUUCUGUUUUUUCAUAUCCUAUUAUUUAAAACUACACCAGCGGCCUAUUGAGGUUGAAUACAGACAGUUGUGAGUACUAGAGUGAAUCGCCACGAUGGGCCAGCAGGAGAGAAAGGCACUGAAAUGUUUAUCACAAUUCACUAAACCAGGCUAAGCCCGCCCGCAAGGAAGAUCGCGAGAAAGCAGGCCGGGGAGGAGCUUGCUCCGUUCACCUUCGCACUCGGGCAACAGACAAACCCGAAUACCUCGACACCGCGCAGCGAGCGUUCCUCCCGAGUCACCGGGUUUGACCACAUCGAGCAACGAAACUCCCUGGAGGACGAGAACGUCACCGACGUCGUGCGCGUCCUACCGAAGAGAAUUUUCGCGUUUGACCGCACCCUUCCGCGGCUGCACUGGAAACCCUACUCCCAGCUGAAGAUUCGGACGAGCCGGCUGCGCAUCGGGUUCUUCGUGCAGAGUGGGUUUUUCGCCCCGUGCGAGACGUCACUACGCGGGAUGAAGGAGGCGCUGCACGCGUUGCGGCAAGCGGGACAUGAAAUCGUGCCCUUUGACAUUUCCGCGGAGUUGUCGGGCCGCGAGGUCUUGCGCAUCUUCCUCAAUCUCACGGUGGGCGAGGGCGACCUGCACAGUCUGCAAAAGCCGCUGCUCCCCGGGGAGCAGUUACCGCGAGACUACGACUACUUACAUUUCGCAACCAAACUCCCGCCCUUGCCACGAAUGCUUGCCCAGUUCGUGCUGCGGCACUUUUAUCAGGAGGAGCGCGCGGCGUUUCUGCUUUCGUUGUUCCGACGUAGGAAGGGGAACACGCAGACGCAGAGGGAGCUCUUCGACUCGACGUGUGAUUCGCUGAAAAAGUUUCGCGACGCGUUCGCCUUGCAGUACCAGAGAAAGCACCUGGACUGCGUAAUUUUUCCGACCGCGCCCUUCCCGGCCUGGCUGCACGGGCAGGGGUGCGAGCUGUCCGCCGCACUGGCGUCCUACACCUGUUACGCGAACCUGCUGCAGUGGCCUUGUGGGUCGGUCCCGGUCGCGACGGUGCGCAGUCCGAGCAGUGUGUACUAUGGGGACCACGGUGGAGCAGGCGGAUCGGCGAACGCGACAGAUGCGGCCGACGUGAGCCAUCCGCUAGCGUCAAUGGUCGACGAAGAGGUGUACAGCCCCGAUCUGAAGGCGAAAAACAGCAGUGUCCUCAGUAAACACUCUGUUCUAUCAUCCCGAGAGGAAAGCAGCAACGUCACGACCUCGUCCCGCGUGCCCGACUUUAUAGACCGCGCGGCGCAGAAGUGUCUCGAGAACAGCGCGGGGCUGUCGGUUUCAGUGCAGGUCAUGUGCCGGGAGUGGGAGGAUGAAAAGUGUCUGGCCAUUAUGCAGGAAUUGGAGCGUGUGGUGGCGGAGAAAGUUCUGCAAAAGAGUGGAAAUAAACCGAAUACCAGUCCUCGAACGAGAAGCGCCAAACUGAACGAGCGACGGCGUCGCACCAAUUCGGCGAGAAGGCGAAGUAGAACUGUGUCCGCGACGCGGUCGUUUGAAAGAGCCAUGUCCGCGGUCAGUUCGCGGCGCGGAAACAGUUCGCGUUUGACACCUUCCCCGACGAGGAAGCGCGCGGUUAGUGACAGGUCUCUUAGGGCGACUUCCAGGUCUAGCCCGGUAAGCGGACGGACAGCCACCUCGGGAAGGAAGAAGAACGCGAAAAAAUAAACGCGACGGUGUGACUGAUCGUUAUUACCGUAGUCUGAGCCUGCACGCGAAAAGAAUUCACCAAGAAGGACCACACUAAGCGAUCGGAACCACUUUUCCUAAUGCGAGCG